ACGUGUUUCAAUGCCGUAGCAAAAAAUCGACGCGUACACAAGGUUUUUCCGGUGAAAUCGUGUUCCACAGCAUAGAAACCGUUUUGUUCACGAUGCUCCCGGCCGGCGGCUGCUGUCGUGCGUGAUGGAAACGAACACCGUGCAAACGGUAACACUAACGAACAGCAUCAUCGGUGUGGGAAUUUUGUCUAUGCCGUUUUGCUUUCAAAAGUGCGGUAUUGUGCUUUCCAUUGUCCUGCUACUGGUCAGCAGCUAUGUUACCCGGUUGGUCUGCAGUUACAUGGUCAAAUCGGCUAUAAUUUCCCGAAGAAAAAAUUUUGAACAAAUUGCAUUCUAUGCCUUCGGAUCCGGAGGUAAGCUGCUGGUAGAGUUGUGCGUCGUUGGAUACCUGUUGGGGACGUGCGUCGCCUAUUUCGUCGUGGUCGGUGACCUUGGGCCACAAAUUACGGCCAAAAUCCUAUCGCUGGACGAGAGCUACUCGCUACGAUCAUGGGUAAUGAUUGUGGUUACGAUCGUGUGUAUCAUUCCGCUCGGAAUGUUGCGGAACGUGGACAGCCUGGCGUCAGUGUGUUCCGCUUCGCUAGGCUUCUACCUUUGCAUGGUGCUGAAGGUGGUAUCGGAGGCGAGUGUAAAGUUUCAGCAAACCGAUUGGUUCGAUCGACUCGAUCUGUGGAAAUGGAGCGGCAUUUUGCAGUGCAUGCCAAUCUUUACAAUGGCCCUCUCUUGUCAGAUGCAAAUAUUCGAAGUAUACGCAACAAUGCCCACCACCUCACUGGACAAAAUGAGUCGCGUCAUCCGCCAGUCGACAAACAUCUGCACCAUGAUUUACGUAGCGAUCGGCUUCUUCGGUUACGUCGCCUUCAAUGGUCACCGGUUUUCGGGCAAUAUUUUGGUGGACUUUUCUCCCUCCUUCGCCAGCGACAUUAUCAAGAUGGGGUUCGUUCUGUCGGUGGCGUUCAGCUUUCCGCUGGCCAUCUUUCCCUGCCGAGUUAGUCUCUACUCACUGCUGUACAAGCGCACUUCGGAUGCACACUUCUACAUUCCCGAGUCUAAGUUUCGGCCCUUGACGGUGGCCAUUGUGCUGGUGGCACUGAUCGUUGGCCUGCUGAUACCAUCGAUCGAGGUUGUGAUAGGAUUGGUGGGAUCGACGAUCGGAGUGGCUAUUUGUUUGAUCAUUCCGGCUGCCUGCUACAUGACGAUAUGCAAAACUAACAUCAGUGAGAAACAGUUGGCACAGGUAAUGAUUGUGUUUGGGUUCUUCACCAUGGUGCUCGGUACGUACGCCAAUCUGCAGGCGAUUGACAGCACACCGGAGAAGAAGUACGAAUCUACCACCACUACGUUGGCGGUUAUUUUGGAUAAACUAGCCGUAAAUCCACCCGAUGAUACACUGCGAGCGGUCGAGAGUUUUAAACUACCUCCAGCACCGGAUAAGCUGCCGGUGGAAAAGUUGCGUGUGGGCGAUACGAAGAUCAUACCAAAGAUGAAUCCUGUUGUGGAGGUUCCAGAGCAGACGACAGCAACGGCGAUGGAAUCGAAGCCUUUGUCCGGAAAGGAUCCCUCUCCGGAAGUGCAACUCGUACCGUUGCCAACGGAAGCACCACGGGUGGCGAUCAAUAACGAAGCAAUACUGAAGGAGGAUCGCGAAAUAGCGGCCGAGGAGAAGGAAAAGAUCGUCAAGGAGAUCACUGAGCUGCAGAACGCGAAGAAGGUGCUCGAGGCAGAGGUGGAAAACAUUAAGGAGGAGCUGGUCAAGAAGAACAAGGAAACAGAGCAACUGGUGCUGAAGAAGCUUGAUGAGAUUGUGGAGAAAAUUGCUGAGCAGAGCGCCGGCAAGGCGUCGCGUGAAGAGAACCCGGAAGCGGUUGAGGAGCAGGCCAAACCAGCGUCACCAUCGAAGCGUGAUCCUGCGAAAGGUCCGAGCGAUCCAAUCGUCAAACUUCUCACUGCCGGCGGUAGCAAUAAAACAGUUCCUGCGGCUGUCGAGGUGAAUCUAUCCAUGAAAAAUGGCACGAAUUCCUUGGAGCAACCAUCUGAUCAGCAUCGGCCUGACCAGGGUCCCUUGAAUGAUGUAGAUCGACUGCCCGCAGAAGGAGCCGGCGGAGGCGAGCUACCGACAGAGCAAGCGGUAAAACAGACGGACAACGAAUCCAAGGCGCUAUGGAAAGAGGAACAGCACAAAGAUGGAGCUCAAUCAGGGAACGUUGAGUUUCCCAAGAAAUUUGCUCCAUCACAGGCUAUGGACGGUGUUCAACAGGUCCCGGUGCCCCAGACCAAAGCGCAACACACGGAGAAGAAACAGUCAAAGGAAAGUGUUCCUUUGCCACCGUUACCGGUAGAGGAGGUGCCAGUCGAGCGUAAGGUAGAAGCAACGGAAGAGCGCAAAUCAAAAGACGGCGAAGAUGUGGCUGCAGGCAAGCGUGAUUUAUUGGCAAUGCGUUUAAAGCGCGAAGCGGAGAAUCUGAGUGCAACGGAUCCCGACAACUGUCCGAAACCCAGCGUUCCGGAGGGUGCGGUCGCCCAGGAUGAUGAUCUUUCAGUCGAAAAAGAUGGCUUUCGAUAGAGUUUGCAGGCUGAAUAAAGGGGACUUUUUGGUU